UGUGGUGACGUAAACUCGCACAGAUAGGAGACCUCGGGCAGCAGUGCGUCGGGGAGGAAGUUGAGAAACCUAUGGUGACAGGUAAACCUACUCUAGCCUGUUCUCAGAAAAUACAGGACUGUUUAGAAGGAUAUCCAAAGCAUAGCCUGCGUAAAACCAUUGGGAAUAUGUCACCGCUAUGGGUUCUUGUUGAUAAACUAGACGAGAUCUGCUGUUAACCGUGCCGUCCUGCUGUUGGCAAGGCUGCGUGGAGCGCGUGAGAUAAACCGUGCCCUUUCCUCCACACAUCUGUCUCAACACGCCCAGCCUGCAGAGCGGAGCCUCUCUCUCUAGCCUGGGGCACCAGCGGGGACAUCAAACAUCCUGCUCCGGGUCAGCCCAUAGGGAACUGGGUUAGUACCAGAACACAGUCCACAGGGAACCGGGAGAAUACCAGAACUCAACCCAUUUGAGAUUUGGGUUAGUACCGGAACACAUCCCAUAAGGAACUGGGUCAGCACCGGAACACAGCCCACAGAGACACAGAUCAGGCUCAUUGUUGUAUGCCUGAGAAGAAUCCACAUCAGAACCUAGAGUCAAGAGAGACCUCUCGUGCAGCUUGAGUGGAUUCUCAGCAGUGCUAGAACGUGGGCCAGGUUCCAGGUUCUAUCAGAACAGCGUCAUGUCCAACAGGCUCUCUGACGGUUCCACGGGGGACACGGCACCCCUGCUGCUGGAACAACGCUUCAGGUCUGACCUCCAACUGAACACACACACACACACACCCGACACAGACACACACACGCCCGACACAGACACACAAACAGACGCAGGUGCGCAGGUGGUGCUCAGCACGCAGAGUAAGGUGGCCCAGAGACUGGGCAGUGCCCAGCUCAUCCCCAAGAGCCUGGCGCAGUCCAGCCGACCCAAGAUGCGCCACCACACCACAGUGGUCACGCUGCCGGUCGGCGCACUGGACACACACAAGGCCAAGUGUGUGUCGCACAUGCCCGACCUGUCCUGGGAGGAUUACGACAGCGACGGCGAUGGGUUUGCGCUGCGCCGUAACCGUAGGAACAAGUCGUACCGCGCCGCCGUCACCAGCCUGAGUGCUGACGCCAUGGCGAUGGAGCGCAGGGAAGCGAGCACGCUCAGACCGGUGGGAGAGGAGAGGGCACCAAGUCCGCAACCGACCACACACAGACCAGUACGCAAGAGAACCUUUGGGAGGAAGAGGAACCAGAAGCACGGAGGGUCGUUUAAAGAUCAACCGCGCCUCUACCAGGAGAUCAAGGAGCGAGGUUUGCAGAACACUGACGAGGACUUCACCCAGACGGAACCGCCGCCAGAGGACCAGGGCAUUGUGGUGAAGAACUACCGCCCUGCCCACAUGACCUGGAGUCAGCUGCCUCAGGUGAAGGACACGGGCAUCCUGGAGCUGAUCUCACCUGAGGAGCGCAAACGCCAGGAGGCCAUCUUUGAGAUCCUGACGUCGGAGCACUCGUACCAGCACAGUCUGAGCAUCCUGGUGCGCCACUUCAAGAAGAGCGAGGAGCUGCGGAGCACCAUGACGACCACAGAGCACCACCACCUCUUCUCCAACAUCUCCGUCAUCCACAGUAUCAGCAAGAGGUUUUUUGAGGACCUGGAGAAACGCCACACCAUCCAUCCCGUCAUCCAAGACAUCAGUGACAUCGUCCAGAACCACGCCACCAAUCACUUUGAGCCCUACAUCGUCUACUGCGCCAACGAGACCUUCCAGCAGAGGACACUACAGAAGCUCCUCUCCAGUAACGUUGCGUUUAAGGAGGCUCUGAAGCGUAUCGAGUGCAGCCCUGAGUGUGGAUCUCUACCCAUGAUCUCCUUCCUCAUCCUGCCCAUGCAGAGAGUCACACGACUGCCCCUGCUCUUGGACACCAUCUGCCAGAAGACUCCUGCUCAGACUGCAGAGUACUUUGCUGCCUGCUGGGCUCUCAAGGCUAUCAGUAAGCUGGUGAAGAGCUGUAAUGACGGGGCGAGGAAGAUGGAGAGGACGGAGCAGAUGUACAGCAUCCAGAAGCAGAUGGACUUCGGCAAGAUUAAGCCGUUCCCGCUGGUGUCGUCGUCUCGGUGGGUGGUGAAGAGCGGAGAGCUGGCGGUGUGCACGGAGGAGCUCAGUCUCUUCUGGAAGGCCUUCAGCCACCGCAGCUACUUCCUCUUCCUCUUCAAUGACGUCCUCAUCAUCACCAAGAAAAAGGGCGAGGAGACAUUUGUGGUGCUGGACUACGCCACGCUGGAGCACGUGUGUGUGGACGAGGAGCCGGGCAGCGGUGCCAACCCCCUGCAGCUGCGCGUGGUCAUGGCCCAGAACAGCACCGGGCACAAGGAGCAGAUCGGCCUGGUGGCAGAGUCCAAACUGGAUAAGGCUCGCUGGGUGACUGCCCUCCGGGAGCACAGACGAGCAGAGCGCGACACAAACAGAGAUGAGCUGCCGCAGUACGAAGCCACUAAGGCCUAUAUGCCGAAGACUCCAGAUGAGCUGGGUCUACAGCAGGCAGAGGUGGUGAUCGUGGAGCAGGAGGUGGAAGGGUGGUGCCACGGGGAGCGGAUGCGUGAUGCGGAGCGCGGCUGGUUCCCCUCGUCCUGCGCCAGCCAGAUCACCAGCCGCAUCACCAUGAUGUGCAACAUAAGCCGUAUGGAGCGCCUGCGCAAAGAGACCAUAGUCUAACACACACAAUCAACAGGAGUCUUGGACAACAGGGGACCAACACAUGAGCCAACACCCACACACACCAGCAGACCGCAGCCUUUAACUACAUAUCUGGACAGUCGUGAGGACUCGCCCCUGCCUGUACACAACUGGAGGGCGGCACAGUGUGGAGAUGCACUAACCUCCAUAAACCUCUCCACUCCUGUGUUUGUACUUGUGGCUAAAUACUUGACAUUUACUAACACUAAACUGGCUGUUCUAAAAAUGUGUUUAGAUGUUUUCUGUUAAAAUGCAUGUAUGAUUGUGUCAGUUCAUGUAUGUAUGAGUUUUUAAAAGUUACUUCAGUCAUUCUGAAGGGUAUAGUUAAUACACACUUCAUGCCUUCACUAAGUGACCAGGUCUUUUCAGCAUUGUGGGGUGACCAGUGAUUCACCUGCCUCAAGUGAAAUGAUCGAGUCCAGACAAAUGGUAAAGUUCGUCUUUGACUUUUAUUUGAGCUUGCCUUUUUGUCAAAAUUCAUGUUUGAAUACAUAAAAAGUUAUUUAAAAAUGUCAAA